AUGUACCACGAUUUGAAUGUUCCCUGGCAAAAGGAUGCAAAUGAGCUGCAACGCACUAUAGCAUUCCUCGAUGAGUUAGGAUAUGAUGUGCUUGCUCUCACUCACACAUACACGGGCCGGCUGCCUGCUGAUCUAACACCUCCUAUCCCAAGCACCUUGCCAUUCCCAGUUCCUUCGCGCAUGCGUAUCUUGCGCCGCUGCAACAUCUUCCUUACCGACUCAGCAUCAAACUUCCGCAUCCCUCAACUCCAGCAAGAGUAUGACCUCAUUGCGGCUCGACCUACAGAUGAGAAGACUCUCCAGUCGGCGUGCUCCUCCUUAGAUGUCGACAUCAUUUCUCUUGAUCUCACCCUCAAGUUUGAGAAAUAUUUCAAAUUCCCUAUGCUCGGCGCCGCCAUCUCGAGAGGUAUCAAGAUCGAACUCUGCUACUGUCAGGCGAUAUUGGGCGACGCCAUCGCAAAGAAGAAUUUAAUCAGCAACGCCACCCAGCUGAUCCGCGUCACUAGAGGACGGGGCCUAAUCAUUAGCUCGGAAGCAAAGAAUCUUCUCGCAGCACGAGCACCCAGCGACAUCAUCAAUCUCGCCUCAGUAUGGGGCCUUGGUACUGAACGCGGCAAGGAGGCUCUGACUACGCAGCCUAGGAGCGCUGUCGAGCAUUCAAGACUGAAACGACAAAGCUUUAGGGGUAUUGUCGAUAUCAUCUAUGGCGGCGAGAAGCCCCCACCAGUAGAAGAGUCCCAGAAAGAUGGGAAAAAGGACAAGGCGCAGACCAAGGAGCAGAAGCGAAAGGCCACGCAGAGUCUCGAAGGAACUCCAGUGAACCAACCAGGAGACGGGAAGCCCUCCAAGAAGCAAAUGAAGCGGAACAAAAAAGCGCGAACAGAGAGUGAGCAAUAA